AUGUUUGCUGGAGAGCGGAGGUUUCGCUCGAAGCUGCAGGCUGUUAGGGAGUUGGGCCCAGGGCCUGCCCGCAGCUCUCGCCCUCAGAACGUGCGUUUCCAGCCCGUUGACGCUCCCCCGCCAGCCGCGGGUGGGGAUGAGCAAGGGCCACCCCGAGGCGGGGAUGGCGGCAGUCGGCUUCCCCCACCAGCCCUCCCGGCGGUUUCUCGAGUGGGGGGUGACUGCCGUACCCGCCGGGAGGGCCUGGCCGCGCGGGGCCUGCCACGACCGUGGCACAAGUCCUGCGAGAGAGGGGCCGGGCAGGGUCCGCCGGCCCGAAGGGAGUCGCGGAGCUCCUGGGAGGGCGACUUCUCCAAGGCGAGGAAGAGGCCGGACGGAAAGCCGCCGUCCAUCGAGAGGACCAAAGGCUCGGAGAUCUUAUUUGGGAUCGCACCGUGUUCCCUGGCCCUCUCUCAGUAUCGAAGGGACCUGUUCAGGUUGUUCCUCAAGCAGAGCAGCGGCUCCCGGCUUGUUAUGAGUGAGCUUGUCCUUCAGGCCACAGCCCGGGGCGUGCCUGUGCACCACGUCAACAGGAGAGAGCUGGAUGCGCUUUGCAGAGGUCAGGUCCAUCAGGGAGUUUGUUUGGAGGCCACCCCUCUCCGUUUCAAGAGUCUGGAGGAAGCUGAAAAGCCUGAUGUGGGGCAUGAAGAGAGGCCGAGCCGACAGCUGGUUUGGCUGGCGUUGGAGCAGAUCCAGGAUCCCAUGAACCUGGGGGCACUGCUGCGCUCUGCGUACUUCUUGGGGGUGGACAGAGUGGUGACAAGCCAGAGGAACAGCUGCCCCUUGACUCCAACAGUGAGCAAAGCUAGCUCUGGAGCUAUGGAAGUCUUCGACGUCUACAGCACAGAUGAUCUCCGGAGCUUUUUGAAGGCUAAAACUGCAGAAGGCUGGGAAGUUGUGGGAACAGUCAGCAAUCCUGAGGAUGCAGAAAAUAUUCCUGUCAUCAGUUGCUUGGAAUUUCGGUGGAAUAAACCCAUUAUUAUAGUAAUAGGUAGUGAAGGCGACGGGCUGUCCUUAGAGACGCAGCUCUUGUGCCAUCGGAUGCUGGCCAUCCCCCCUGGCAGAGCGCUGCACCCCGGCAUCGAGUCGCUGAACGUCUCUGUUGCUACAGGUAUUCUCCUCCACUCCAUCUGCAGCCAAAAGCUGAGGCAUGGCGACUGAAAUUUUUUUUUAAUUGGUGGGGGAAACUGCUCGGCAUUUCGUGGCUGUGCUCUGUCGGUGUGGAGAUGGAAGUGCUCCUUCCAGAGUCUUCACCGUUGCUGCAACUUAUGGGGAGAAUCUCCCACUGACCUGAGCUGCUUCGUGGCUGACGCACGGGCUGACGCACGAUACCACCAGCACCCUGCCUUAACGCCAGGACACCUGCCCAGGUAACAGCUCCCACGGCACCUCGGGGGAGCGGCUGUACGGGAGACAAAGCUCGGUUUUAAAAGCAGACAGCCAAAUCCUUCAGUUCUUGGCAGUAAAAUACCUGGUGAUGGCCGCAAGCUUUGUGCUUGUUGCUCAAGGGGACUUUAUACAUCGCUCGGGACUUUGUCCAUCACUUGUGGAGAGAAUUGGGGCUGUAGGCGAGAGCCAGUACUGCUGAGAGCAGCUGUGCCCCCCCGUGGCCCAGCCCACCACCCCCGUAGCAGCCGAGAGGGUGCUGGUGAGAGCCAGGUGUGACUGGGGACUACUCGGUAGCAGUUUCUUCACGACGAGGCGGUUUCUCUGUUCAGUAUUGCUGCUUGAACGUCUAAAAACCCACCGUGUUGUAUCUAGUUGCAAACCAGGUCCGCAGCCCUGCCCAACGAGCUGUUAGAAAAUGGCUGUUAGUGGGGAAAAACGCGGUCCGUUGAAAUAAAGCCUCUGUAAAGAUUG